AAGCCCGGCCGAGGGAUGGGCUGUGCCCCCAGCAUCCACGUCUCUCAGAGCGGCGUGAUCUACUGCCGGGACUCUGACGAAUCCAACUCGCCCCGCCAGACCACCAGCGUGUCGCAGGGCCCCGCCGCCCCCCUGCACGGCCUCUUCGUCCAGACAGACGCCGCCGACGUUAUUCCCCGGAGCCGCGCGUCUGGACCCCCCGGGGCCGCCCGCGUCCGCAGAGCCCGCACUGAGCUGGGCAGCGGCGGCAGCAGCGGCAGCAGCAGCGCGGGCUCCGCAGCCCCCGCCACGACCACCUGCAGGGGCCGGAGGCGCCACUGCUGCAGCAGCGCGGAGGCCGAGACCCAGACCAGCUACACCAGCGUCAAGCAGGUUUCUUCUGCGGAGGUACGCAUUGGGCCCAUGAGACUGACGCAGGAUCCUAUUCAGGUUUUGCUGAUCUUUGCAAAGGAAGAUAGUCAGAGUGAUGGAUUCUGGUGGGCCUGUGACCGAGCUGGUUAUAGAUGCAAUAUUGCCCGGACUCCAGAGUCAGCCCUGGAAUGCUUUCUAGAUAAACAUCAUGAAAUUAUCGUAAUAGAUCACAGACAGACUCGAAACUUUGAUGCAGAAGCAGUGUGCAGGUCGAUCCGAGCCACGAAUCCCUCCGAGCACACGGUGAUCCUGGCGGUGGUUUCCCAAGCAUCAGGCGACCAUGAAGAGGCCUCGGUCCUCCCGCUCCUACAUGCAGGCUUCAAUAGGAGAUUUAUGGAGAAUAGCAGCAUAAUUGCUUGCUAUAAUGAACUGAUUCAAAUAGAACACGGGGAAGUUCGCUCACAGUUCAAACUACGGGCCUGUAAUUCAGUGUUUACAGCAUUAGACCACUGUCAUGAAGCCAUAGAAAUUACAAGUGAUGACCAUGUGAUUCAGUACGUCAACCCAGCCUUUGAAAGGAUGAUGGGCUACCACAAAGGCGAGCUCCUGGGGAAAGAGCUCGCCGAGCUGCCCAAAAGUGAUAAGAACCGGGCAGACCUUCUUGACACCAUCAACACGUGCAUCAAGAAGGGCAAGGAGUGGCAGGGGGUUUACUAUGCCAGACGGAAAUCCGGGGACAGCAUCCAGCAGCACGUGAAGAUUACCCCAGUGAUUGGCCAAGGAGGGAAAAUUAGGCAUUUUGUCUCCCUCAAGAAGCUGUGUUGUACCACUGACAAUAAUAAGCAGAUUCACAAGGUUCAUCGUGAUUCAGGAGACAAUUCUCAGACAGAGUCUCAUUCAUUUAGAUACAAGAACAGGAGGAAAGAGUCCAUUGAUGUGAAAUCGAUAUCAUCUCGAGGCAGUGAUGCACCAAGCCUCCAAAAUCGUCGCUAUCCAUCCAUGGCAAGGAUCCAUUCCAUGACCAUCGAAGCUCCCAUCACAAAGGUUAUAAAUAUAAUCAAUGCAGCCCAAGAAAACAGCCCCGUGACAGUAGCAGAAGCCUUGGAUAGAGUUUUGGAAAUUUUACGGACCACGGAACUGUAUUCCCCUCAGCUCGGAACCAAAGAUGAAGAUCCUCACACCAGUGAUCUCGUUGGAGGCCUGAUGACUGAUGGCUUGAGAAGGUUGUCAGGAAACGAGUAUGUGUUCACUAAGAAUGUGCACCAGAGUCACAGUCACCUUGCGAUGCCAAUAACCAUCAACGAUGUCCCCCCUUGUAUCGCUCAAUUACUCGAUAAUGAGGAAAGUUGGGAGUUCAACAUCUUUGAAUUGGAAGCUGUUACACAUAAAAGGCCAUUGGUUUACCUGGGCUUAAAGGUAUUUUCCCGGUUUGGAGUCUGUGAAUUUUUACACUGUUCUGAAACUACUCUUCGGGCCUGGCUCCAAGUGAUUGAGGCCAACUACCACUCUUCCAAUGCUUAUCAUAACUCCACCCAUGCCGCCGAUGUCCUGCACGCCACUGCCUUCUUCCUUGGAAAGGAAAGAGUAAAGGGAAGCCUCGAUCAGCUGGAUGAGGUGGCAGCGCUGAUUGCCGCCACAGUCCAUGAUGUGGAUCACCCGGGAAGGACCAACUCGUUCCUGUGCAACGCAGGCAGUGAACUCGCUGUGCUCUAUAAUGACACCGCUGUCCUGGAGAGUCACCACACCGCCCUGGCCUUCCAGCUCACGGUCAAGGACAGCAAAUGCAACAUUUUCAAGAACAUUGACAGGAACCAUUAUCGAACACUACGCCAGGCUAUUAUUGACAUGGUUUUAGCAACAGAGAUGACAAAACACUUUGAACAUGUGAACAAAUUUGUGAACAGCAUCAAUAAGCCCCUGGCGGCUGAGAUUGAGGGCAGUGACUGUGAAUGCAACCCUACGGGGAAGAACUUUCCUGAAAACCAAAUUCUGAUCAAGCGGAUGAUGAUCAAGUGUGCUGAUGUCGCUAACCCAUGCCGCCCCCUGGACCUGUGCAUUGAAUGGGCUGGGAGGAUCUCUGAGGAGUAUUUUGCACAGACUGAUGAAGAGAAGAGACAGGGGCUCCCUGUGGUGAUGCCAGUGUUUGACCGGAAUACAUGUAGCAUCCCCAAAUCCCAAAUCUCUUUCAUUGACUACUUCAUAACAGACAUGUUUGAUGCUUGGGAUGCCUUUGCCCAUCUGCCAGCCCUGAUGCAACAUUUGGCUGAUAACUACAAACACUGGAAGACAUUAGAUGACCUAAAGUGCAAAAGUCUGAGGCUUCCAUCUGACAGCUAA